UCCGCCCUCUUUUUCUCUCCCCUCCUGAACACAGACGGAGUGUUUACAGUGAGAUCAGUUUCCACUCAGAUGUAGCUCCUAGAUGAAGGAUUCAGGUUUUCCUCCCAUUGGAUCGCAGUGGUCGUGGGAGCCGCUGCGUGCCGUGACGGGGACAGACAGUGAAGACAUUAGAGGGAGAGAGGAGGAUUCAACACUUCCUAAACACACAGAGACCGUCUCUAUCUGAGAAAUGGGGUGUCGGCUCCCGAAGCUGAGGAAGGCUGAGGAGAGGCGCAGUCCUGGCAACAUCUACUCCACCCUCCGAAGGCCUCAAGUAGAGACAAAAGUUGGAGUGGCCUACACAUACCACUUUCUGGAUUUCCUCUUGGGGAAAGACGAGGUGCCAGUGUCGUCUGUGCUUUGCCUUUCAUCGGUCAGAGAGCUGCCCGUCCAGGUCAGGGAACUGUACGCACAGGGCUUCGUCCUGGUGGCUGUUCACCCCUUUGUCCAUCCCUGCGGACCCCGCCACGCUCACAUCCAGCGCCAGCUCCACAGAGCUGUGUUAGUCAGAGAGACACAGAGUCUAGAGAAAAGCCAGCUGAGGUGGGUGAAAAACCGUCUGGAGACAGAGGUCUGUGUGGCCAGUCAACAGGCUGCAGACCCAGAAGCCAUCCAGAACUAUGUUAAGAAGAUCCAGGAUGUGGCCGAACAAGGGUCCAUGUUUGUGGGGUUUCUCCAGCAGCCAGGUGGAGGACCGUAUUUUUGGGGUCACUGGGACCCAGAGGAGCUAUCAUCCUUGCAUUCAAGCCCAUCACCGAUACAUCGACAGCCUUUUAGCACCAAAACAAGCCCAACUAGACCAAAUCCUAUUGGUGAAGAUGCUGAUCUCUGUUGCUGUGAUUCUGAAGAGAUGGAUCGGAGGGGUGUAGAGGGUGUCAAACAGGACCAAGUCUCCUCGAUUUUCAGACCACCAGACCUCAGUAAUCUGAAGCACACUGCAGACUUUACUCAUAACCCAGAUGAGCUUGGUGAUCAAUUAAUAACUUCACAAACUGUAGCCAUAGACUGCAAUAAACCUCAUAUCCACAUCAAAUCUGAUGCUCAUAAAACUACAGAAGUCUGGGGAAAAUGGUCAAGUCUACCAGAAACAGCAGUCACAACAAGGCUGCAGGAGUGUAGAUUACAUGGGAUUAAACAGCACUGCACUGAGUCUACAGAGAAACAUCUCAGCCUAUCCAAACAGAAGGAAAGGAGGGUCUCCAGCCCAGACAGCUGGCUCAGCUCUCCAGAAUUGGACCGUAAGCAUGACAGAAGAUCUGACUUAACUCAAGCAGAUGGACAAAGACACGUGACAACACAGAACAACAACCACAUCAAGCUGAAGAAUUCUGGGAAUGACACGGGUUCAACUUCACCACCGACGCAGGCUAGGAUGCAGCUGUUUGCGCUGUACAACCACACGGAAGAGCCCGACACCUCCCUGAGGUUCUACUCUCUCCGGGUGCCUCUGCAUGUGCAGAAGGAGAGGGAGGCAAUCACAGACAUUGAUGCAAACUGGCUCGACCACAUGACUCAGCAUUUUAGCAGCGGAGCGCAGCUCAUUGAUGGGUUUUUUCACCUCACAGAUGAUCAUGUCCCUGGAGUCUCAUCUGUGGAUAGCGUUUUCAUCUUCCAGAGCUCCGUGGAGGACACCACAGACACCUCCUAUGACGCCAUCGUGGUUGAGCAGUGGACUGUUAUAGAUGGUGUUGUGGUGAAGACGGACUACAUCCCUCUGCUCCAGUCCUUAGCUCCAUAUGGAUGGAGACUGAUGUGUGUGCUGCCAACACCCAUUGUCAGAACAAACAGUGAUGGAAGUUUGUCGACUAAGCAAAUCCUUUUUCUUCAGAGACCCAUUUUGCAACGCAGGAGAAAAGACUUCAAGAUGCUGAACCUCAGAGGUCGCAGUAAAGCAAAGAAACACUCAGCCGGGGAGGCGUUAGACGAGCAGGAGAACAAGUCCCUCGUGAUAGAGACUGAGAUGGACAGGCUGAGGAUCAACGAAGAGGAAGACGAGGCAGUGGUAGAGGGGAGGAAGAGAGGGCACGGCGGAAGGAGCAAAAUAGCGAGCCUUCAGAAGAGCGGAGAGGAUGGGCAUCAAAAGGCGUUCUCCCUUCUGUUGGAGCGCAGGGCUUCUGUUGAACAUCAAGAGGAGGAAACUGAUGUGGACGCCAUCCUGGCGCCCAGACAGGAGCAGGUGGUGAAAUGGAUGGAUAUCUGUCCAGUUGAUGAGCGGGGGUUAAAGGAGAAGGUCAGGGUGGAGGAGCGGAUUAAACAGCAGCUAUUCUCCGGAGUUUGUUGACAUGAAGUUUGUGGGAACCAAGCAAUCAGAAACCUGGUUAUCCUCCCAUAAAAAAAAAGUGUUUUAAUGGUUUGAGUUCCUAAAAAAAGGCAGAGUCGAGCAAAAACUGUGCUGUGGAAAAGUAUUUCUGUUUUUCCCUUUUUGUUUUGUUAACCUGAGUAAAUGCAAAGUGCAGCUUUUAAGUAAUGAUAUUCUAACUUAGUACCAAGUAAAUAAUCUUUCCACUUGUUAAAUUAUAAA